AUGCUUAAAGAAGCUCGUGGACAGGUAACCUUCAAAAUAGUGCCUUCAUAUCGAUCCGCACCACCUCCGUGUGAGAUAUUCGUUCGAGCUCAAUUUGACUACGACCCCUCUAAGGACGAUUUGAUACCAUGUCCCGAAGCGGGUGUCACUUUUAAAACUGGUGAUAUACUUCAGGUAUAA